AUGAUGACGCCAUUCAAUACUGUUUUCCUCAGGUCUCAGACUGCCCCCUUGAGGCGAGAGGUGAAGGUGCAGUUACUGGACCAGGGGCCACCAUCGAGCCAGAAGCCCCAGCCUGCCUCUGUCCUCUCAGGGGAUAAGGGGGCUGCCUCCACUGCAGCCAUGGUCACAACCGCUGCCACAGCACCACUCGUCACGGUAUUGUUGUAGCAGAGCAGUUGUGUGUUACUUUUUUCUGUGUCCUUCUGUGAUUAAGAUGCCAUUUGAGAGAGCUUUUUUAAGUCCAAACCCCCCAAAGUCUACAUACAAUGAUCAUUGAAAGUGGUCUGGAUGUGGAUGCCUAAUGGUUUGUUUCUGUCUUUCUUCUUUUUCAGGCUCAGAGUGACAUGGAGGCGUGUGUUUCCCAGGUGUCGGAGGGGCUACGGAGACUGCUGGAGUCAGACAGGUACCCAGGCAGGGCUCAGGAGGCCAGAGAGGACAGAGCAUCAGAGAAGGUGACCCAGCUGGAGGAGCAGCUCAACACCGUAACCCAGCAGAGACUGCAGCACCUGGAGUGGAUCCAGAGCCAACAGAUGGAGCUGCAGGUACUGUAGUGAAGGAGGAGCACUGAGCCUUCACACGAGUGCUCCAGAUAGUAAUAUUUUCCUCAAUAAGUUGCCGUCAUUCUAAUCGUUGCAUAAAGGAAUGUAAGAGUAUAUUUAUGUAGACCCCUAAAGGUGUACACAUCUUUAUACAGUCCCCGAGUCCGAGUAUGUCUGUAGUGUUUCAAGCAGUGUGUGGUUGUUCAGUGUACUUCUUUUUCUAUUGCAUGUUUCAUCACCGCUAUACUCAACUCUUUUUACUUUUAGUCAUUCAAUAACAGUUCUGACCACUUCAUGCAUGUCCUCUCAUCCUCUCAGAACCGUCUCCUAGGCUCUGCUUUGAGUGUAAUGACUGCCCACGCCCCUCUGCCCUCACCCUCCAUGCUGAACACUGGCCCUGCUGCCACUGUACAUCCAGAACCUCGGCUUCCUCAGGACCUCCAAAUGACCCACCUUAAUGCUACAGACUCUUCCGCUGCUGUUCCAGCCACAGGUAGGGUGCUACGCUUCCUCAGUCAGUUGCCUCAUUGAAACAAAUGAUGAGAAUGGAAUUGAAUAUGUCAUCAGAAAGUAUUCACACCCCUUACCUUUUUCCACAUUUUGUUUUGUUACAGUCUGAAUUUAAAAUGUAUUAAAUGUAGAUUUUUGUUCACUGCCCUACACACAAUACCCCAUAAUAUCAAAGUGGAUGUAUGUUGUUUGACAUUUUUACAAAUUAAUUACAAAUGAAAAGUUGAAAUGUCUUGAGUCAAUAAGUAUUCAAUCCCUUUUUUUAUGGCAAGCCUAAAUAAGUUUAGGAGUAACAAUUUUCUUAAUAAGUUGCAUGGACUCACUCUGUGUGCAAUAAUAGUGUGACUACCUCAUCUCUGUACCCCACACAUACAAUUAUCUGUAAAGUCCCUCAGUCGAGCAGUGAAUUUCAAAACCGAUUCAACCACAAAGACCAGGAAGGAAACCGGUGACUUUAAGACAGUUACAGAGUUUAAUGGCUGUGAUAGGAGAAAACCCAGGAUGAAUAAACAACAUUGUAGUUACUCCACAAUACUAACCUAACAGGGUGACAGGGUGAAAAGAAGGAAGCCUGUAUAGAACAAAAAUAUUCCAAAACAUUCAUCCUGUUUGCAACAAGGCACUAAAGUAAUACUGCAAUAAAUGUGGCAAAGCAAUUAACUUUUUGUCCUGAAUACAAAGUGUUUUCUUUGGGGCAAAUCCAAUACAACACAUUACUGAGUACCACUCUCCAUAUUUUCAUGCAUAGUGGUGGCUGCAUCAUCGUUAAGGACUGGGGAGUUUUUCAGGAUAAAAAGAAACAGAAUGGAGCUAAGCACAGGCAAAAUCCUAGAGGAAAGCCUGGUUCAGUCUACUUUCCACCAGACACUGGGAGGUUAAUUCACCAUUCAGCAGGAUAAUAACCUAAAACACAAGGCCAAAUCUACAAAGUGAAUGUUCCUGAGUGGCCGAGUUACAGUUUUGACUUAAUUCUACUUGAAAAUCUAUGGCAAGACCUGAAAAUGGUUGUCUAGCAAUGAUCGAUUUGACAGAGCUUGAAGAAUUUUGAAAAGAAUAAUGGGCAAAUGUUGCACAAUCCAGGUGUGGAAAGCUCUUUAGAGACUUACCCAGAAAGACUCACAGCUGUAAUCGCUGCCAAAGGUACUUUUACAAACUAUUGACUCGGGGUUGUGAAUACUUAUGUAAAUGAGAUAUUUCUGUAUUUCAUUAUCAUUUGCAAAAAUUCCUAAAAACAUAUUUUCACUUUGUCAUUAUGACGUAUAGUGUGUAGAUGGGUGAGAAAAAAAUAAAUGUAAUCCAUUUUGAAUUCAGGCUGUAACAGCAACAUGUGGAAUAAGUCAAGGGGUAUGAAUACUUUCUGAAGGCACUGUAUAAUGAAAUGAGGCCUGUUCAAUCCCUAAGUUUAUCCUCAUUGGUUAGUUACGAUACGAUACUUGUCAAUUUUCAUGGAAAUUCACUUCUACUUAUACAAGUGAGUUUAGUUGUGAAUCCAUGUCAGAUCUGCCACAUAUCUCCUGUACUUCUAAUCUUUAGCUUCUCCAGACACACCCAGAGUUUUUGUAUGUUAGAUAAGUUGUGAAUCUAUGUAAUCUGCUAUGUAUCUCCUCUUCUUCUUUAGCCUCUCCAGACCCAUUUAGCCAGCAGAGGGGAGGAGGGGGUAAGAGCCCCCUGGAGACCCCAGCUCCUCGCAGGGUCAUCCCAAAGCCUACGCGCUGGAACCCCACCAACAUCCGGAACACACAGAACACUACACAACAGCACAGCUUCAGGACACAGAAAACACCUCGCACAGCACAGCAAGGUUAGUCAUCAGUGUCCAUGCAUCUGUUAAGUCAUGGGCUGUGUCUGAAAUGGCACCCUAUUCCCCAUAUAGUGCACUUCUUUUGAGCAGAGCCCUAAUAUGGUGCCAUUUUGGAUGUACCCAUGGAUUUCUAUGGAUUUCUUAUCAGA